AUGAGGUUCAAUAUCGAUGAUUUACCCGUCUUGUUCCCUUACCCAAGGAUAUAUCCAGGUCAGCUAGGCAUGCAGAGACUCAAAUGCGACCCAGAUGCUAACCUUUCUUCGCAGAACAAUAUGCGUAUCUACAUGUGUGAUCUCAAGAAAACGCUCGAUGAAGGGGGGCACUGCGUCUUGGAGAUGCCUUCUGGGACAGGAAAGACUGUGUCUCUCUUGUCCCUGAUCGUCGCAUAUCAACAGUACUACCCAGAACACCGGAAGCUAAUAUAUUGCUCUCGUACCAUGUCUGAGAUCGAAAAGGCUUUGGCAGAAUUGAAGGCCUUAAUGAAGUAUCGGGAGGAACAGCUCGGGCACAAAGAAGACUUUCGAGGCCUUGGUCUGACGAGUCGAAAGAACCUGUGUCUUCAUCCCUCAGUAAAACGAGAGAAGAGCGGUGCAGUAGUCGAUGCUCGAUGCCGUAGCUUGACAGCUGGUUUUGUGAAAGAGAAGAAGGAGAGAGGGGAAGAUGUGCCCGUGUGCAUUUACCAUGAUAACCUCGACCUUUUAGAACCUCACAAUCUUGUUCCAAAUGGGGUCUGGACACUAGAUGGGAUUAUGAGAUAUGGUGAAGAGCAUAAACAAUGCCCAUACUUUACGUCUAGGCGAAUGAUGUCAUUCUGCAACGUUAUCAUUUAUUCGUACCAUUACCUCCUCGAUCCUAAAAUUGCGGAAAGGGUAUCAAAGGAACUUUCUAAUGACUGCAUAGUCGUGUUCGACGAAGCACAUAACAUAGACAAUGUGUGUAUAGAAUCACUUAGCACUGACAUCACAGAGGAUUCCUUACGUAAAGCAACCCGAGGAGCACAGAAUUUGGAGAACAAGAUCUUGGAAAUGAGAGAUAGCGAUGCAGACAAGCUCAAAAAUGAAUAUGCAAAGCUUGUGGAGGGGUUGAGGGAUGCUGAUGAAGCUCGUGAGGAGGAUGCCUUCAUGUCAAAUCCAGCUCUUCCAGACGACCUUCUCAAAGAGGCUGUUCCCGGCAAUAUCCGGAGAGCAGAGCACUUUGUUGCAUUUCUAAAGCGUUUCGUCGAAUAUCUAAAGACUCGAAUGAAAGUCCGUCAAGUCAUUUCUGAGACACCUCCUUCAUUUCUUGCACAUCUUAAAGAAUACACCUUCAUAGAGAAGAAGCCUUUGAGGUUUUGUGCAGAGCGGUUAACAUCUCUGGUCCGAACACUGGAAUUGACAAACAUCGAAGACUAUCAACCCCUUCAAGAAGUUGCAACUUUUGCAACCCUAGUAGCAACAUAUGAGAAAGGGUUUCUACUUAUUCUCGAGCCCUACGAAUCAGAUACGGCUGAAGUGCCGAACCCCGUCCUCCAUUUCACAUGUUUAGAUGCCGCCAUCGCCAUUAAGCCCGUCUUCGACCGCUUCAGCUCUGUCAUCAUCACAUCCGGAACCAUCUCGCCGCUAGAAAUGUACCCAAAGAUGCUUGGGUUUGAAACGGUUGUUCAAGAAUCAUAUAGUAUGACCCUUGCUCGACGUUCCUUCUUACCGAUGAUCGUCACCCGAGGCUCAGACCAAGUCGCCAUCUCUUCCGGAUUCCAAGUCCGGAAUGAACCAUCAGUCGUCCGCAACUACGGCAAUCUGCUUACCGAGUUCUCGAAGUUGACACCAGACGGCAUGGUUGUGUUCUUCCCUUCAUAUCUAUACAUGGAGUCCAUCAUUAGCAUGUGGCAGGGUAUGGGUAUUUUGGACGAAGUAUGGAAAUACAAGCUCAUCCUGGUCGAGACGCCUGAUGCACAAGAGACAUCUUUGGCUCUCGAGACUUAUCGUACAGCAUGCUGCAAUGGGCGUGGCGCAAUCUUGCUAUGUGUCGCAAGAGGAAAGGUCAGUGAGGGUAUCGAUUUCGACCACCAAUAUGGGCGGACUGUGCUCUGUAUAGGCGUACCAUUCCAAUACACCGAAUCCAGGAUAUUGAAGGCUCGUCUCGAGUUCUUGAGAGAAACGUACCGGAUCCGAGAGAACGAUUUCUUAUCUUUUGACGCGAUGAGACAUGCAGCCCAAUGUCUGGGUCGUGUCCUGAGAGGGAAGGAUGACUACGGCAUCAUGGUUUUGGCAGAUAGGCGGUUCCUGAAGAAGCGAAGCCAGCUGCCGAAGUGGAUCAAUCAGGCGCUACUAGAUAGCGAGAUCAAUCUCAGUACAGAUAUGGCUGUAGGGUCUGCAAAGAAGUUCUUGAGAGGUAUGGCCCAGCCAUUCAAGGCAAGCGAUCAAGAGGGGAUCAGUACGUGGAGUAUUGCGGAUUUAGAGAGGUUCAAGGAGAAGCAGGAGGACGAGACUAUCCGGGCUUUAACCGAGGCACAGAGAAAUGGUGCUGACACGGGGGAUGUUCAGAUGGAGAAUACGAGAAAUGGCAAUGAGGCUGCUGUGGCGAGAGAUGAUGAAUAUGGAUUUAACGAUGAUGAAUUGGAAGCCGGUAUGAUGGAACUGGACAACAAGUAA